GUCUAUGGGUGGAGAAGGUGAACAGGAACUGAGUGACUCCAUCACCUGUGGAAACAUCAGCCACAACCAAACAGAUAAUGAGGUCCUGAGGAGAGUUAAAGAGAACCAUAAAGCCAGUAUGAAGAAGAGGUUUGAGAACAUAUCUGAAGGCAUCAUCAAACCAGGAGCAGAGAUACUCCUCAAUGAUAUUUACACAGAGCUCUACAUCACAGAGGGAGAGAGUGAAGGUGUGAAUAAAGAGCAUGAGGUUUGGCAGGUACAGUCAGCAUCCAGAUCUCAAACCACACAGGACACACCAAUCGACUGCAAUGACAUAUUCAAGCCCUUACCUGGACAGGAUAAACACAUCAAAACUGUUAUGACCAAAGGUGUUGCUGGUAUUGGAAAAACGGUCUCAGUGCAGAAGUUCAUUCUUGACUGGACAGAUGAUAGAGCCAACCAGGAUAUAGACUUUUUGUUUCCCCUUCCUUUCCGUGAUCUGAAUUUAGUCAGGGGUGAUGAGUAUAGUUUUCACAGGCUCCUGGUUGACUUCUAUCCUGAGUUGAAGGAGCUGAAUGAUGAUAAAGCAUACAUAGACUGCCAUGUUGUGUUCAUCUUUGAUGGUUUGGAUGAGAGUCGGUUACCUCUGAAUUUCCAACAGAACAUGAUUAUGUCUGAUUUAAUGCAAGCAUCAUCAGUGGAUCCUCUGAUGACAAGCCUCAUUCAGGGAACUCUUUUCCCUUCUGCACAUAUCUGGAUAACCUCACGACCAGCAGCCGUCAAUCAAAUUCCUGCUCAGUGUAUUGACCAAUUUACAGAAGUACGAGGAUUCACUGACCCAAAGAAGGAGGAGUACUUCAGGAAGAGAAUCAGUGAUGAGGAUCAGGCCAACAGAAUCAUCUCACACAUUAAGGCAUCCAGGAGUCUCCACAUCAUGUGUCACAUUCCUGUCUUCUGUUGGAUUGCAGCCACUGUACUUCAGCAGAUGCUGGAACAGGACAACAUUCCAGAAAUCCCCAAAACCCUGACUGAGAUGUUCAUACACUUCUUGCUCAUACAGACCACAAGGAAAGAUCAGAAAUAUCAGAGUGGAACUGAAGCAUAUCAAGAGAAUCCUCUGGUAUCUCAACGAGAAAUUGUACUGAGGCUGGCAGAACUGGCGUUUAAGGGUUUGGAACAUGGACAUGUGCUAUUUUAUGAGGAAGACUUACAAGAGAAUGGCAUUGAUGUCAGUGAGGCCUCAGUAUACUCUGGAAUGUGCACUGAGAUCUUCAAGGAAGAGUCUAUGUUUAACCAGAGGAAGGUCUACUGCUUUGUGCAUCUGAGUAUUCAGGAGUUUCUGGCUGCUGUGUUUGUGUUUCACUCUUACGUGAAUGAGAACUUUGCGGCACUAAAAUCCCUCGUAAGUGAAGAAGAGAGACAGAAAUCCAAUCCUUCUCUGAUAUCAUCUAUUCUGUCAUGGCUGAGCUUACAAUCAGAGGAUCAUCUACAUGUGCUACUCAAGUGUGCGGUUGACAAGGCUUUGGAGAGCAAGAAUGGACACCUGGAUCUUUUCCUUCGCUUCCUUAUGGGCCUUUCUCUGGAGAGAAAUCACAUACUUCUGCAAGAUCUGCUGAACUGCACACACAAGAGCACGAACAGCAUCAAGGAAACAUGUCAGUACAUAAAGAAGCUCAACAGAGAAGGUCUCUCUCCUGAACGAUGCGUCAAUCUUUUCCACUGCUUACUUGAAAUGAAUGAUGAUUCCAUGCACAAAGAAAUUCAGAUAUACUUGUCAUCACCAAAGAAAUUCAACCAGGAGUUGACUCCUGCUCAUUGUUCAGCACUGGCCCAGAUGCUUCUGAUGUCUGAGGAGGUGCUGGAUGAGUUUGACCUGAUUAAAUACAACACAUCAGAUGAGGGCCGGAGGAGACUGAUCCCAGCUGUGAGGGGCUUCAGAAAGGCACUACUAGCUGGCUGUGAACUCAGUGAUAAAUCCUGUCAGAUUGUAGCAACUGUUCUACAGUCACCAAACUCCCUGAUAGAGCUGGACCUGAGUGACAAUGACCUAGGAGAUUCUGGAGUUCAGCUUCUUUCUAAAGGACUGUCAAGCCCCCACUGCAAACUGCAGAUAUUAAGGCUCUGUAAGUGUGGAAUUUUAGGUGAAGGAUAUGCUUGUCUGGCUCUGGCCCUGAUGUCAAACCUGUCCUGUGUGAAAGAGCUGGAUGUGAGCAACCAUCCUCCUGGACAUAAGAUGUUAUCUGCUACACUGAAGGAUCCUCUCCAUAGAGCUGAAGCACUGCACCACUCUUUCCUAGGUUCUCACAAAAAUUCUGAUUUCCUGGCUUCAGUUCUCACUUCAAACCCCUCACAUCUAAAGGAGCCUGGUCUGGGCUACAACUCUCCUGGAGAAUCAGGACUGAAGCUGUUAUUAGAUAGAUUGCAGGAUCCUUCCUGUAAACUGGAGACACUGAAGCUUGCUGACUGUAAACUCACAGAUAAGUCAUGUGAGCUUGUGGCCUCAGCUCUACAGUCACCAAACUCCCUGAUAGAGCUGGACCUGAGUAACAAUGAUCUUGGAGAUUCUGGAGUUCAGCUUCUAUCAAAAGGACUGUCUAGUCCCCACUGCAAGCUGCAGAUAUUAAGACUUGCUGGCUGUACACUCACAAGUAAAUCAUGUGAGCUUGUGGCCUCAUAUCUGCAGUCUCCAAACUCCCUGUUAGCACUGGACCUGAGUGACAAUGACCUGGGAGAUUCUGGAGUUCAGCUUCUUUCUAAAGGACUGUCUAGUUCCCAGUGUAAACUGCGGACAUUAAGGCUUGCUGACUGCAAACUCACAGAUAAAUCCUGUGAGCUUGUGGCCUCAGUUCUGCAGACUCCAACUUCCCUGAAAGAGCUGGACCUGAGUUUCAACAACCUGGAAGAUUCCGGAGUCCAGGUUCUUUCUAAAGGACUGUCUACCCCCCAUUGUAAACUGCAGACAUUAAGGUUUGCUGGCUGUAAACUCGCAGAUAAAUCAUGUGAGCUUGUGGCUUUAGUUCUACAGUCACCAAACUCCCUGGUUGCGCUGGACCUGAGUCACAAUGACUUGGGAGAUUCAGGAGUUCAGCUUCUUUCUAAAGGACUGUCUAGCCCCCACUGCAAGCUACAGAUAUUAAGACUAUGUAAGUGUGGUAUUUCGGAUGACGGUUAUGUUUGUCUGGCUCUGAUUCUGAAGUCAAACCCGUCCUGUGUGAAAGAGCUGGAUAUGAGCAACAAUAAUCCUGGAGAAUCAGCACAGAAGCUGUUACAUGCUACACUAUCAGAUAGGUCCAUGGGUGGUGGUCCCCACUUCAGUGAUGAAUCAUCAUCUUCUGAAUCAGAACCAGAUGAGCAAAGACCUCCAUCUCCAGCACCCAGCUUGUGCAGUGAUGAAUCCACGGGUGAUCGUCCCGACUUCAGGGGUGAAUCACUACCCUCUGAAUCAGAGUCAGAUAAACAAAAAUCUCCAUCUCCAGCACCCAGCUUGGACAGUGAUGAAUCCACGGGUGAUCGUCCCGACUUCAGGGGUGAAUCACCACCCUCUGAAUCAGAGUCAGAUAAACAAAAAUCUCCAUCUCCAGCACCCAGCUUGGACAGUGAUGAAUCCACGGGUGAUCGUCCCGACUUCAGGGGUGAAUCACCACCCUCUGAAUCAGAGUGA